UAUAGGCACUAGACGGCAGAAAAAACUCAUAGUCGAGAGCAAUACGACAACGACGGUCAGCACGCGCAGACCGUCACUGGAAGGUCUAAAAAAGAAAUUGGGCGUGACAUGACAUAGGUGACGCUAUAUCACGUGGCAAUUGGUUAACUACACAUAAAAAGACUAGAAAAACUCAAACGGUUGUCAACUCUCUUGAUCACAUACUAUUCUCUGCCUGUUUCUGUCACCGUUUUAUCGUGUCCUUUGAAUUCCUAUGAAGAGCGGCUUGCAGUCCCCUCAGGCUAGAAUAUCGUCGUAUUUUUCUCAGGCUUCAAGUUCGAGUUCCAAUAAAGGAGGCAAACAUAGGUCGAGCCCUAUCGACUUGACUGGUGACGCGGACAUUUCAGACAACCAGCCACCUCAAAAGAAACAAAAAAUUGCCGUCCCUUCUCCUGUCCUUUCUCGGACGUUGGAGUGGCAGUAUGCACCCUUCAAUACUGAGGCUACGUCUCCAACCCCCCCGACUGAACGCGAAAUACAUGCAAAGAAGAAACGCCAAGAGGCUUUCAGGAAGAAGUUGUUAGCAGAUGAUCAUCACUUUAGUCGACGAACGUCUGACACGCGUGAACCCGAAAAGGUGCAGGAUGAGGUUGCAGAGUUGUCGGGAGACGAGUCGGACGAUAAGUUCGAGGCAUUGACGAAGAUGUUUUCGGUCGGGGAUCAGAACGCAAAGAAUGUCGCCAGCAAGAAGCCCGUACGCACAAAGAGUGCGCCAAAGGUCAUCGAAGAGAACGGACCAUGCGGGCAGCCGUAUACACCUUUGGAAAAGCAGGUUCUACAGCUCAAAAGGGAGAACCCUAGUACCGUGUUGAUGAUUGAAGUUGGAUACAAGUACAGGUUCUUCGGAGAUGAUGCUAAGGUCGCGAGUAAAGAACUUGGGAUGGUGUCAUUUAACGAUCGCAACUUUCUUGUAGCCUCCAUCCCCUCCCAUAGACGAGACAUACACUUGAAAAAGCUACUAUCGCAAGGUUAUCGAGUUGGGAUUGUGCAACAGACAGAGACAGCUGCUUUGAAGAAAGUCAGUGACAACCGAAACGCACCCUUUGAACGGAAAUUGACUGGCCUAUAUACAGCAACUACAUUUGUGGAUGAUCUCGAUUCUGUAGAUGACGUCGACAAAUAUCUUUCUCCGCCCUUUAUGUGUAUUGUUGAGGAGAAGAGGGGCCGCCACGACGGGGAUGUGCAUAUUGGCUUAAUCAGUAUCUGUCCAAGUACAGGGGACGUUAUAUGGGAUGUGUUUGAAGAUACCCUCAUGCGCCUAGAGCUAGAGACGAGGUUGUCACAUACAAAACCUGCCGAGUUACUAUUACAUCAAGGUGGUUUAACGAAAGCAACGGAGAAAAUAUUAUCUCACUUCACUACCGUCUCACCGACUGAUGGUAGCAUUCGCGUUGAGCACUUUCAGGCUUUGAUGGCCUAUACAGAUGCAUAUUCCUACAUUACCGAUUUCUACGCCAAGAAGAAACCAGGACCCACGGUUUCGGAUAGUGUCAGAUCUGGAAAAAUCCUCGCGGAUAUCUCCGACUUGCCCAAGUCGGUUGUGGUCGCUCUUGCGCACUCCAUGCAGUACCUAUCCAAGUUUGGCCUCGCCGAUGCCUUUUUGGAAACUAACUUCUUCACCAAAUUCACGACGCGUGCUCACAUGCUACUGGCAGCCAAUACCCUUCAGAAUCUUGAGAUAUAUAGAAACGAGACGGAUUACACAACUCGCGGCUCCCUAAUGUGGAUUUUGGACCAUACGAAGACAAGGUUUGGAGCCCGAUUAUUGAGGUACUGGGUAGGUAGGCCCUUAGUCGAUAAAGUUGCUCUACAGCAACGAAUAGACGCAGUAGAAGAGAUUCUUGCAAGUUCUUCCGAAAAACUCGUCGGCCUCCGUCAAGUUCUCAAAGGACUCCCUGAUCUCGCCAAGGGCCUCUGUAGAAUACACUACGGCCAGUGUACUCCUCAAGAACUGGCGAUCCUUAUACGCGCUUUCAAAAAAAUCGCCGAGUCUGUAGGCGUCAUGGGGAAAUCGUCUGACGUCGGACUCGCUUCCAUGCUUUUGAACGACAUCAUAUUUUCGCUUCAAGAUGUAAAGGGUCCCGUCGCCGAUAUGCUGAGCAUUGUCAAUCUCAAUGAAGCAGCGGAAGGCAAGAAGGCUACCAUGUGGGUCGACCCCGAGCGAUAUCCUGAUGUUUUGGAUCGUGAUCUCGCAAUACUGCAGGUGGAAGCGGAGCUGGAAGACGAAUUGAAAGCGAUUCGGAAACUCUUGAAGUUUCCGUCCCUUCAAUGGAGUACAAUUUCGGGAGAAGAUUUUGUUGUGGAACUAAAGAAAAGCGAUCAUAGGCCAAUUCCUGAUGAUUGGAGUCGACUUUCAAAAACGAAGCAUUUGGAGCGUUACCAACCUUUAUCUGUAAAACACAAAGUUGAAGAAAGGAAUCAAGGACAAGAGAGCUUGAAAGCUGAGGCUCAUAAAGCAUAUCUCUCAUUCUUGGGUGAAAUCAGCGAGAAAUACUAUGGCGUACUGCGAAAUGCGGUCACCAAACUUGCCAUUGCCGAUUGUUUGUUCAGCUUAGCACACGUAGCUUUACUUCCAGGGUAUGUUAAACCAUGCCUUGCCGACAAAGAUGUCCUCGAGAUCGUUGACGGGCGGCAUCCGAUGGUUGAGGUCUUGCAGGAUAAUCCUUUCGUUUCGAACACUGUCCUUAUGGGAGGCUCUGAACCCAAGAAUAAAAUUAUCACAGGACCAAAUAUGGGAGGGAAAAGCUCUUCGGUACGCAUGGUAGCCCUUAUUGCUGUCAUGGCCCAGGUUGGUAGUUAUGUCCCUGCCGCAUCUGUCAAAAUCAAUCUACUGGAUUCUGUCCUUACACGAAUGGGAGCCUCUGACGACCUUGCGAGAGGACGAUCUACAUUUAUGGUGGAGAUGGCGGAAACGAGUGAAAUUCUGCAUACAGCGACGGAGAGAAGUCUAGUAAUUCUGGAUGAACUUGGGCGGGGGACCUCGACUUUUGAUGGGAUGGCAAUCGCGGAUGCUGUCUUGCAGCAUCUGGUGCACUCUGUAGGGUGCAAGACGCUGUUUAUCACGCACUAUCCCUCGAUAGCUCUGGGAUUGAAGAAGAAGUUCCCCAAGGCGAUUCAUAACCUGCAUAUGGGCUAUGAAGCUGAAACCAGCAUUGCUGGCUUUCGUGACAUUACAUUUUUGUAUCGUCUGACUAGCGGAAUUGCUUCAGAAUCCUUUGGUGUGGAAUGUGGUGCUCUCGCCGGGCUUCCAGAAAGCAUUUUGUCCGUCGCCGCCGAACAGUCAUCUCGGAUGAAAGAUCAAAUAAUAGCACGUACGAGACGCAAUAAGUAUGUCUGA